AUGCCGCUCAAUGGCAACUCUUCUGCUGUGGCGCACACUUGCCAGAAUGCUUCGCUCAUCGCUUUGAGCCUUUUCUUCCUGCCGCUUGAUUUCUUUGUGCUGUUCCUCAGCUAUUCGGUGCGUUCCUUCUGGAGUACCAAAGAUGGGUUUAGAGGAGCUCGCAAUGUUGAAGCCCGCAAGACCAUUCUCGUCACGGGCAUUGGCAUGACCAAAGGCCUUGUCCUUGCAAGAGCGUUCAGCAGAGCUGGGCACAAAGUCAUUGGAGCUGACUUUGAACCAAAUGGAGCUCUUGUGCCUGGGAGGGUGUCGAAUUCGCUCGCUGCAUUCCACCGUCUGCAGAAACCGGAUGCUGGUCGAGGAUCUAUGCCAUACAUCCAAGGAUUGCUUGAUGUAAUCUUGAGAGAGGAGGUUGACCUUUGGGUCAGCUGUUCCGGAGUCGCGUCCGCAGUCGAGGAUGGUGAGGCGAAAGAGGUUAUUGAGAAUCGCACAGACUGCCAAGCUGUGCAGUUCGACGUGGCCACGACCCAGACGCUGCAUGAGAAACACACGUUCAUCGAUCACACCAGCGAGCUUGGUCUGACAGUGCCAGAGACGCACACCGUCACCAGCAGGGCGGCUGUCGAUGAAGCUCUGGAACAAGCCACUCCAGGACGCAAGUUCAUCAUGAAGCCAAUUGGCAUGGACGACUCUGCCAGAGGUGACAUGACCUUGCUUCCAUUGAAGACCAGGGAAGAGACAUCCAGGCACCUUGAUAAGCUGAAAAUAUCGGACAAGUCGGCCUGGAUACUGCAGCAGUUCGUGCGAGGCAGCGAGUAUUGCACCCAUGCUGUGAUUAUCAAAGGCAAGGUGAAGGUCUUCGUUGCGUGUCCGUCGGCGGAGCUGCUCAUGCAUUACGAAGCUUUGGCACCAGAUUCAGCUCUGAGUAGAGCGAUGCUGAAGUUCACCGAAGAUUACGCUGAGAAGGGCGGACCUGGAUUCACGGGGCACUGUUCGUUCGACUUCCUCGUAGAAGACACAUCGCCGACCGACCCCUUACGGCUCGUCCUGUAUCCCAUCGAGUGCAACCCACGAGCACAUACCGCCGUCGCAUUAUUCAACGGGACUCCUGGGAUGGUCGACGGAUAUCUCAGUCUGCUUGACGACAACGCCGACGGAUCGAAAACGAAAACAUCGAUGGUUGUGACUCCUGCGCAUCAGGACAAGUACUAUUGGGUGGGACACGACCUCGUGACGCGUCUCUUGCAGCCUUUGAUGCGUCUGCUGUUACUCCAGUCAUCAGUAGAGGACUUCGCCAAGGCCGUGCGCGAGGUCGUGAUGCAUCUCCUGCUGUGGCGAGAUGGGACGUUCGAUGUGCGAGAUCCCUUGCCGUGGUUCUACCUGUACCACGUGUACUGGCCUAUGCAGUUCCUGAGCUGCAUCAUGACGGGAAAGAGAUGGAGUCGCAUAAACGUCAGCACGCUCAAGAUGUUUGAGUGCUGA